GGUGAACUGCCCCUCCAUUUGGCGCUGAAGACCAAACAGGAGGACAUCGCCCGCACACUGGUCUCCCAUAAGGCCAAUGUGAACGCCGCCGACGCUAACGGCCAGACACUACUCCACAGAGCCAUACAACGAGACGACCACUUCUCGGCUCACUUUCUUGUCAAGAAUAACGCGUCGGUCGAUACGCCCGACUCCGUGGGCGACGUUCCCCUCCAUCUGUGCGCCGAUAAGGCCAACAGCGACGGUAUGUCGAGAAUCGCGCGCAAUCUCUUGGACUCGGAGGCCGACCCCAACUUCCAGGACUCCAACGGCAACUCCGCCCUUCACAGAUCCGUUAUGUCGCUAAACAAAGAGGUGUUUGACAUACUGUUAGAACAGCCGAAGAUUGCUAUUGAUUUACGCAACAAAAAGCAUUCGACGAGUUUCGCCAUAGCGUUGACCAAAUUGGCCGAAAACGAGUCAUUCGCCCGGGAAUUGGUCCGAAGGGACUGUUCUAUCGACUCGAUUAAUCCCGAGACCAGCGACUCAUUACUGCACGCGUGCGCCCGAGUGGGCAAUGAAACGGCCGGACUCUUCCUGACCGGCAAUGGGGCCAAAAUCAAUCUGACCAAUAGUCGGGGCGAAUCACCCCUACAUAUCGCCGCCGCUAACGGUCUCUCUGGUCUGGUCUCGGCUUUACUCGAAAAAGGCGCGAACUGCAAUCUCCAGACGUCUCCGCUAUCGUUCGCCGAAUCGAUGUCAUCGCCCGAAGCGGAACAGGUGUUCAAUCAGACGCCACUCCAUUUGGCGAUCGUCGGCGGCCACGAG